GUCUUUUUCCCUUGCCCCUUUUUGGUUUCAACCCAUAAUAAUCCCAUUUCUUGCCUUCGUCUUUUGGAGUAUUCCUCGGAGAAUUCCAUCUAUAUAUACUUGGAACCAAGUCUCCUACUCUCUUCAGUCUGCAAUGGCAUCCAGUUCCAUGACAUCUUCGCGCAGCUCUUCUCAGUCCUGGACUGCAAAGCAGAACAAGCAAUUUGAGGAGGCCUUGGCUACCUAUGACAAGGACACUCCUGAUCGCUGGUAUAACAUCGCCAGGGCCGUGGGUGGAAAAUCAGAAGAGGAAGUCAGGAGACACUAUGAGGUCCUUGUAAAGGACAUCAUGCAAAUAGAGUCAGACCAAGUUCCCUUGCCUAACUACAGGUCCAUGGCAAGCAAUGGCAGAGGAUAUGCUAACGAGCAGAGGCUUUUGAAGAAUCUAAAGCUACAGUAGAGUUCAAAACUUAGAGCAUAUCAAGGCACAGUGCAGUCAGAAAUGCGGUGUAAGAAAAAGCAGAUGCUUCAUUCAGAAAUCCUGAAUUUGUGUUGUGGUGUUUUUGUCUUCUGUUCAGCUGUACGUAGCAAGUGUUUAACUAUAAAAUAGAUAGGUCCCAGCUGCGCAAAACGGAACUGCCAAAUGUGCAAAAGGCAUCAUGUGUAUUACUAUUAUCUAUCUACGUCUACGUUAAUGCAGUCUUGUUCUUCUUCUU